AUGGCAACACGGAAUCGCUCUCUAACGGGUUGCAGCACAUGUCGGUCUCGACACUUGAAAUGCGACGAGACUCGACCAGGAUGUCAGCUGUGCCUCACAUUCGGACUACCAUGUCCUGGUUACCAAGCUGAACUGAAAUGGACUCAGUAUACGCACUUUCAAUCGAAAUCUCGACGAAAAGAUGAAGCUCUGGAUCGUGUGUUCCGGCGGCAAUUAUUCUCAGAGAUCGAACAAGAAUCUAUGACACGAUUGACCGUCGAGAGUCUUGGGACUCAUGAUGUGAACGAAGUGGUUGAUAAUCUGGAUCGAGAAAACCAUGCCCAGCCUGAUGACCGCCGACAGAGCCUCUUGCAGGGGCCUUUCGGCGUCUUCAAUGCCGCCCCAAAUGAUACGUCAUCGGUCAAUUCGAUAGGACCAAGCUCAAAUCCAGGCAAAUCUCACAUGGCAACACCACAACAGACCCAUGCGGUCCCGACACUGCCUAACUCACCCCUCGACUCCUGGACACCGGGGCUCUUGACCCCAAGCUCGCAAAUGCAAACGCUUUUUCCCUCGCCGGGUCAAAGCUCGGAAUCUGAAAUCGCGACCAUAAUGCAUCAGAAUAACUACUCAGACGGAGGAAUCUCGGCCUUAGCGGCCUUGAAUCACAGCCCUUUCUCGCCUUCAUCGGCCACGACUGCUAUCCAACAAGAAAGUUUCGUUAUGCCAGAACGAGCGCCGCAGCUUUUGCGGUAUUUUAAGAAUGAAGUUGGCUCACUCUCGUACCCCCUCAGGGGCAACAAGAGAUGCCCUUGGCAGACUAUCCAUCUCCCAAGAGCCGAGAAAGCAUAUGCAGAGCUCCUGCUCCACCAAACUGCUAGCAACACACUAUUCUGCCUAUUCUAUUCCCUUCUAGCCGCCAGCUGUUAUCACCUCCUUUACAAAAAAGACUCGAGUCUAGAUUGGGAGUCCGAUGGGAAAAAGUUCCAUGAGCUUUCCCGUCGCUACCUCGAGCUGGGAAUACGACAAGAGAUUGCCAUGGACGGAAAAGUGAAAUACAAGGAGUUGCUUAUGGCGCUGUUAUCAAUGACGAUGCUUGAGAUUGCCUGCGGGAAGUUUGCCGACGCACAAAACCUCUUGGUAGAGUCCGAAUGCUUGAUCCGAAAAAGAGGCUUAUCGAAAGCCCACAAAUCAGUCAAAGUUCGCAUCCUCCACCACGUCUACACUUAUAUACGCAUCAUGGCUGAGAGCACGUGCGGAUGUGCUCUUAUGGAUAUAUGCCCUACAAGACCCAGCCAAUGGCUCGCAUCGGACGAAACGAACUUUGCUUCCUUGCGCAGUUUUCGCGUGGUGGAUCAUAGCACAACAUCAGACUUGGAUUCUACACUGGAGAAGACAUCUCAUAUCGGAACCAAUGAUAUUCACCUGGAGAUACUGGGAGUUUGGAAAGAGUCACUUUUCCAAGAACUUUAUGGCCUGCCGGAGUCUUUGAUAGGCCUCUUAUCCCAGACUAUCAGGCUCGCAAAUGAACAAGAGUUAUUGCACCGUGACACAACUGUUGACAUUGACCUCGUCCUGAGUUUGAAUGAACGAACGAAGACACUGGAGCAUCAGGUCCUUUCUUGGAAGGGCGACCAGGCUGCUUCGGUGUCCCAAGAGGACGGUUCUCGAACGAUGAGUCCUGAUUCCAAGAACACUAGGUCGGACUAUGCCAUCAGCUUGGCUGUGCAUCAGGGUUUGAUUCUUUUUUACUAUCGGCGUAUGCAUAACAUGAAUGCUCUGAUUCUGCAGGAUACUGUCCGAAAGGUGCUCGGCUUUGUCAAAGAAAUUGAAAUUUCCAGGCUUUCCAACUACCACAGGGAAGCUUCACUCCUCUGGCCUACAUUCAUCGCAGCAUGCGAAGCUCUGGAGCCAGAACUACAGUCCGGUCUACUUGACUGGAUCUCUUCUACCGGAACUCGUACCUCCAUUCCUGCCUUUGCCGCUGCCGCAGACGUUGUUCAGCGGGUGUGGGAAAUGCGACAGGAGAAAAUGGACUACACCCUUAGCUGGUUCAAUGUGAUGGAGCAUGACCGCUGUCCUAUCAUCAGCUCUGGCUUACUCGACUACGAGUCGUACGGACCUACCCCACUUCCCCCACUUAAUUCGGAGUUGCUGAGGGGUCAGUUUCUUCCCUUUUCCUCAUCCCCUCACCAGGUCGAUCUUACGACACAUCGCUGCAUGAUGGCUUCUAAUAAAACACGAGGCAUUCUAGAUGUGGUCAGAGCAUGUGACAACUAUUCGCCGCAGAAUUCGUCUCAUUUGCCCGGGGCUGAGAGCAAGUAUGCAUUCAAAGUGAAUGGCAGUGACGCUCUGCUGGGGUAUAUCACACAUUCAACAGUGGAAAGAAUUCAAUGGUCGGACUCGUGGUCAAUCGACCACAACGAACGGUCGGUGACUUUGAUUACACCAGCGACAGCGACAAUUGAAGAUCGGUCAAUGGCUGUCGAAGAAACACUCAAAGAAAACAGACAGCUAGCGACCGUAUCAUUGCUCCAGAACUGGCGCAAUGAGACUUUCCCGGUAUACGGCCCAGAGGGCCACGUCAUCCUCAACAUGGAACGUUGCGCAAGCGCAUUGUUCGGCAUCGUAACAUACGGUGUUCAACUUCUCUGCUACGUCAGACACGAAGAAGGUAUCCGACUAUGGAUAGGCAAGCGGUCGCCCAGAAAACAAACAUACCCACGCAUGCUCGACACAACUGCAGCUGGCGGACUCGGCUCAGGGACCCUGCCAUUUGACGCUCUGACCUCCGAGGCAUACGAGGAAGCCUCAUUGCCGGAAGCGACAGUCAGAACAAAAGCCAAGCCGAUGAGCGUGCUCACUUAUUUCCACAUGCGUGGAAGUACAGCAGGUGGGGAAAGUGGCCUGUUCCAGCCAGAGGUUGAAUAUACCUAUGCGAUGGAAUUGAAUGAGGACUUCGUCCCAAGGCCCCGGGACAGUGAAGUGGAAUCAUUUCAGCUCUUCACCAUCGAUGAAGCGUUGCACUCUCUCAAAGAGGGUGAGUUUAAGCCAAACAGUGCUAUUGUCAUUGUGGAAUUCCUCAUCCAGCAAGGAAUUUUGACCCGCGAGAAUGAACCUGACUAUGAUGUGAUCUUAACACAUCUCCAUCGCAAGCUAGAGUUUCCUGUCUUGAUCCAGCCAUCUCGGUGA